AUGCCAGGAACAAACCACCCACCCCCACCAUUCAGCAGAAUCCUCACCACUACCACAUCAGAAACAGACUCAGAACUCUCAACUCCGCUGACGCCGAUUUAUCAAGGCGCCGAAGCGCACUUAUACAAAACCACCUUCCUAGACCCAACUACACACGUCGCGCUCAAGAUCCGCCCGUCAAAACCCUACCGACACCCAAUCCUGGACCGACGGUUGACCCGCGCCAGAAUCCUACAGGAGGCGCGAUGCUUGCAGAAACUAGUGAAGGAAGGGGUUAGCGUCCCCGCGCUCCUGGGGAUGGACUGGGAGGGCGCCGGCGGAGGGAGCUGGCUGGUUAUGGAGUGGGUCGAGGGCGGCGUUGUGAGGGCGGCUUUGGAUCAGUGGGAGGCGCACAUUAAGGGAAUUGAAAGGAGGGAGAAUAAGGAACUGGGGCAGGUGGUGAAUUUGGAAGAGGAAAAGAAGGUUCGCGGGCUUAUGAAGAGGAUUGGGACGGCGGUUGGGGGGUUGCAUAAGGCCGGGGUUAUACAUGGGGAUUUGACGACGAGCAAUCUUAUGCUGAGGCCUGUGGGGGGUUCAGUACAGGAUGGCGGAGAGGGUUCACCGUCUUUGGAGGGUGAGGUUGUGAUGAUUGAUUUUGGACUGGCGAGUCAGAGUUCAGCGGACGAGGAUCGGGCGGUGGAUUUAUAUGUCCUUGAGAGGGCGUUUGGGAGUUCGCAUCCGCGGACGGAGAGAUUCUUUGACGAGGUUCUUGUUGGGUAUAAGGAGAGUCAUAGAGGCGCUGUUUCGGCGCUGAAGAGGCUGGAAGAUGUACGAAUGAGAGGGAGGAAGAGGAGUAUGAUUGGGUAG